AUGGCCUCAUUGAUAAUUUGGGACGAGGCCAGCAUGACGAAACGACAAGCGGUCGAGGCAUUGGACAAUAGCAUGCGCGACAUCAUGGGAAUACGCGAUCGACCCUUUGGAGGAAAGACUGUUGUUUUUGGCGGGGACUUUAGGCAGGUGCUUCCGGUCGUCAGAAGGGGGUCGCGGGGCCAGAUAAUUGAUGCAACCCUACGAAGUUCUCAUCUAUGGAAGGGUAUGCGGCAGCUUCGGCUCAUCACCAACAUGAGGGCUCAUAAUGACACGUGGUUUGCAAAUUACUUGCUAAGGGUCGGCAAUGGCACUGAGGAAGUCGACGAUCAAGGCAACAUACUACUCCCUGAAGACAUUUGUCUGUCGUCUACAGGUGAGGUUGACGACCUAGAGAAGCUUAUUCACCACGUGUUUCCGAGUCUAGAUGACAACAUGUCUGAUUCAAAUUACAUGACAUCUCGAGCAAUCCUUUCCACGACAAACGACAAUGUCGACAAGAUAAACAUCCGCAUGAUAGAGCGUUUUCAGGGAGAUGAAGUAAUAUACCAUAGCUUUGACAGUGCGGAGGACGACCCAUAUGGCUACUACGCUCAGGAGUUUCUGAAUGGAUUGACUCCUAACGGUCUUCCUCCGCAUGCACUCAAGCUAAAGCUGAACUGCCCUGUCAUACUUCUAAGGAACAUUGAUCCAGCAAAUGGAUUGUGUAACGGCACUAGGCUUGUUGUUAGAGGUUUUGAGAGGAACACCAUUGAUGCAGAAAUCGUGAUUGGACAACACGCUGGCAGGAGGGUCUUCCUUCCUUGA